AAUGUAUCAGGCAGUGCUGGGCCCAUCAAUAGGAAUGUCCUACAUAGAUCCAACUCCUGUGGCGAGUCACAUGAUCAGCGCUGAAGCUGUGGAAGCGUUAACGGCGUACAGUCCCGCUGCGUUUGCUCUGAACGACAUGCUGAGACAGCAGCUCACACUGACCACGAACUUCAUUCAGUCCAGCAGACAUUUACACCGAGCCAUGCUGGAGUCCCUGGGGCCCGCCGACUACAGAUACACCACGCUGGAGGACACGAAGGAGUUUAUCCGCUGUAACAGGCCUCCCAAGCUGACCAUGGAAGACGCACUAGAGGAGGUGCUGCAGGAGAUGAGGGACUAUCACUAUAUUUAAAGUGAACGUUUACAGACUUGUCAAUGGAACCAGCUGCACCAGGAGCAGCUCUCGGUCACAGACUCAGUGCGUCUUUCUAAUGCAAAAUGCAUGGAAUUUUGUAUUAUUCUUUUUUUAUCUUUGCCUCUAUGAGGUAGUUUUUCUAUCAUAAAAUUUCAACGUGCUUUUUUGAA